UGGAAGGGUAGUGAGCUCUAACGUAUUUGGGGGAACUGGGAAGUGCAAAUUAUUUAGGGUUCUAAAAUAAUACACACACCCAUAGAUAUAUGUAUAUACCCACUAUUUCAUGACAUCGUCCUCCGACCCUAUCAUCUCCAACUCUUCUUCUUCGCCCAUCAUGAAGGAGGAGCAGCAAUCACCAACUCGACCUUCAUUGUCGCAGAAACACCAUUACGACCAGCAAGCUUUCUUGAAUCCGAAAGCAGAACCCAUCGACCUAAUUCCAAUCAUCUUAGCACUACAACAAGAAACCCAGUCAGAGCCCCAGCUACCACAAAUUUUCAAGGCCGUUGAACAGCUCGGCCCUCUCUCCUCCGCCAUUGACACCUUCAGUCGGAGAUUCGAUGAAUUGCAAAAGCACCUGGAUUUCAUUCGAACCGCCAUUGAUACCAAGUUCAAAGCCGCCACUACCUCCCCCUCGCAGAUUCACCCACAAAUUCCGGCAGCCGUUCCCUCUGAGGCAAAUCCUACGUCACAACAAAUGGGCGCAACAAAGGAUGUGACAGCCAAAAAACCAGAAACCCAAUCCAGUAAUGGCUCGGAACUUCGGUCCCUCUGCCAAACGAUGUGCAGCCGCGGUCUUCGCAAGUACGUUGUCACGCAUCUGUCUGAUAUCCCUAGACUCCGCGAGGAGGCUCCUGCGGCGAUCAAGCUGGCUCCGAAGCCGGCUAAGCUCGUGUUGGAUUGCAUUGGGAGAUUUUAUCUCCAGGGCAUCAAAGCCUACACCAAGGACUCUCCUAUGAUUCCGGCAAGGCAAGCGUCCGUUUUGGUUCUGGAGUUCUUUCUUAUGAUGCUGGGAAACUGCAACGAGGGGGAGAUCGAGAUUGAGCCAUCUGUGAAGGAGGAGGCAGAGAAGGGAGCAAUUGGGUGGAGGAAGAGACUGAUUGCUGAGGGAGGUUUGGCUAAGGCUGGGGAGAUUGAUGCAAGGGGUUUGCUUGCUUUCGUUGCUUGUUUUGGGAUUCCUGCUGCUUUUAAGAAUGAGGAUUUGAAGGACUUGAUUCGGCUGAGUAAUCCUAAGAAGAUUUUAGAUGCUCUUAGGCGCUCUCGUGUACUUGUUCCCAGGAUUGCAGUUGGUAAAGAUUCAGUGCUCGCAGCUGGAGUUGGACACAAUAUGGCAGCUGGUGUAGAUUACCUUAAGAUAGGUUCAUACUCUAGGAUUCAUGGUGAGACAAGAGUUGAUGAGCUUCAGCAAACUAUAAGCCCCAGUAACCUGCCACAUGGACGGCAUGGCAUUAGAGAUCCAACUUAUAGACAAAGUUAUGCUGGAAAACAAACAUCAGUUGGACUUGCUAGCCUGUAUGGGUCAUCAUCGUCAUCUGUAGAAGGUUUUGGAAGUUUGCCAAAUUUGUCUGCUGGUGCUGCUGCUACUAAGCGGAGCUCAGCAUCUGAUCUAUAUGGUUUUGCUGAUGCAAUAGUGGAGAACAAUCCAUAUAACAGUACCGCUCUUAGGCAUGCUCCUUUGCCUCCUACUGCACCUGCCCAUCGAUCGUCUUACUUGUACUAA